AUGUCUCGACCACUGGGAGAAAGCCAUAAAAGGUUCCUGCAAACUAUGAUGGUCAAUGGGAUCAUUGAUGGUGCCAAGGCAAGGGCUCUCCACCGGCAUUGCUGUGAGACACACGGUGCACACUAUGCUCAUGAUAAACUCGAUGAAUUCAUCGAGGUUAUCAAUGCCCAGCUGCAGCCCAUGUUCAUGCAGAUCAGAAAAGGGAUGUCUGAAGAGGAUGGUCUUCAGUACCAUGCUUUGGUGAACAUGGCUGAAACUGAUGUGACCAGGAUGUCAACUGAUUAUGCAGACAACGAGUUGGAAUUAUUUCGAAAAACAAUGGACCUAAUUGUGGACUCUGACAAUGGAACCGCCUCUUCCACGGACAUUCUUAACUGUGCCGACAGCCUCCAGACAAAGAAGCUAAAGAAAAGAGAAACGGAACAUGUACUGAACAGGCUUGUUCAGGAUAAGUGGCUGAAUGAGAAAAAUGGAGACUACUCUCUCUCCACUCGAUGUAUAAUGGAGAUGGAGCAAUAUAUUCGGAUGUUGUAUCAAGACCAGGUCAAGGUCUGCCAUAUCUGUCACAAUGUGGCCUUGCAGUGCCAGAUGUGUGAAAAUCCUACAUGUGGCAUCAAAAUCCACACCCCUUGUGUCGCCAGAUACUUCAAAGGAAGGACUGAUCCACGAUGCCCUGCCUGUGAGGACUUCUGGCCACAUGAGAUCCCAGAUGUGUAUAGACCUCCGUCCUCUCAGAGUGAGACUCAGUCAGCAGCCAAAGAGAACACGGCCCCCACCCCCACUCCUCGGUCUACAGCUCAGACCCGGAGGACCAGGAGGUCAUAACCUCACGGAUGUAUGUAUAGCUGUCAGAACUUUCAGUGCAAUGUCUCCUGUGAGCUCCACUCUUAACUUGAUUAUCUCAAUUUUAUUAAGUUACUUUCUAGGGGAGCAAUUCUGGGAAGUGUGGCAACUACUUCAAUCAUUCUUUCAGGCAGUUUAAAUGGAAAGAUGUUUGUCCAUAAUUUGUGCCUGUGGUUCAUUAGGAUGUUAAAUUAGAAUAGUACUGCCUUAUUUGAAUACAUUAUGGACAUUACCUCAUCUUUGAGUAUCUGCAGGAAUAAUUUGGGAACAAUUAAAUAUGCUAAUUUGAAAAAGCAUACCCUAUCAGAUUAAAUGGGUAACAACUCCAUAUUUUAUAUGCAGUAGGAAAUGAGCAUACACUAACUGCUCCUUCAUUUAAUUUAGUAAUGAGUAGAAGCAAGUGCCAAUCAUGCAGGUAGCUUGGCAUUCAAUGUGUGCCAUAAUCACAUUCAAGUGUUGAUAGAUUGAACACAACUGGCUUUCCUUUGUCAUGGAUAUGAGGUGGGAUACUUUUAAUUAUGUAAAAUAGCCAUAGUGAUAGGCUAUUGUCCUCUACUCAAGUUAAUUGAGUUCAGCAAAUUUCCCAUAAUUCUUCAACAUGAAUCACCGUUGUGAACUAUGUAAAUUGAGACUUGUUUCCAACCGUAUUCCUUUUUGAAUUACCAUUGUCACUUGACCAUGAAUUUGUUUAUAGAAUAAGGUGUUUUUAAAGCCAUUUGGUGGGCGAGGCUAAGACGGCUGAAGCAAUGAAAGGACAGACAUGUUAAUGAUUGUUUAAGAAGAAAAUAACAUUCAGACCUAAGUCACAACAUACGUGAGCACAGGACUUGCAUUUUACAAGACCACUGCAAUAACCAAAAUUCUGACUAAAAACAACCUGAAUCUGGAUCCCUCAUCAUGGGUCAUGACCACCAGAAGCUCACAGAAAAGCUGAGCUCCAAAGAACGCACGUAAUGCCAGUGCUUGACUGGGAUGAACAAUACCUCCCCAGGCUGCAACACACACUCUAGGUAGGGAGCCUUCACAAACUCUGGGAAUCGCACCACGUCUGGACUUUCCACCUCCACCUGCAUUAAAGAAAGCUUUGUGUUUAAA